ACAUGCUUAAUAUGGUCACGUGACACUAAGUUAAUUGACUAUUAGAUAAUGGAUGCUCUUCUUGAUAGGAAAGACAAAGAUGAUUUUUUGGGUCAGUUCAUAUUAAUAUCAGAUGAUCAAAGUCCUUCAGACUACUUCUUGCACUAUUUCAUAUCACAAUCAAUAAAAGAUGAUUAUACUGUAUGCCUAGUAUCAGUUAAUCAAUCCUUUGAUCAUUAUGCAGCAGUAGCAUCAAAAUUUAGCGUCAAUUUGAGGGCAAGUUGUAGUUGCUUUAAAUUUGUAAAGAUCUCGUCUUAUUCUACUGACACUGACGUUGCAACUCAAGCAAAACAAACUGAAGUAUCUGGACCUUUAGAUAGCACAGAUACUAUGACAGAUCAAUCAUCAUUUUGCUGCUAUGUGGAAAGAUCGGUACAAGAGUUGUAUGAGCUAAUUAAGAAGUUAAUCACAACUUCAUCAGCAGGGAAGCCAUCUUGCUUGAUCAUAGAUGACAUUAGUGUGUUGCUAAGCAUUGGAAUCAGCAUUAAGGACUUACUGAUAUUUGUCAAAUAUUUGAUUAAUCUUCUUCAAACUAAAGCAUUGUCCUCUCUGAUAUUAAGAACUCAUCAUGAUGAUGAUGUUGAAGAUGAAGAAGAGAGACUCCUGCUAACUUACCUAACCCACCAAUCACACCUACACCUUCACACUAAUGGACUAAAGACAGGAUACUCAAGGGAUGUACAUGGCGAAGUAACAGUAGAAAGAAGGAGGCCUUUCUUAAUCCAGCCCCAGACCCAUACCAUGCAGUACAGGAACCUGGACAGAAGUAUCAACAUAUUUUCAAAAGGAUUGUCCCAAGUUUAAGUGUAUCUGAAUAUUGAUUAAAAAACUUAAUUACGUAUGUAUAACAAUAUGAAACAAUAGAGCAA